AUGGUACUUGAUUUUGGCGGGAAACUGAACAUCCUCGAUAUGGCGGACACAGCAGCGAUAUCCUCAUCUCAAACGACAUUUAGUCAAUCCGAUCUUCCCGAAUUACUGCAACAGUACUACAAAUGGCUCUUUCCAUACAAACUCUAUCACCAGUGGCUCAGCUAUGGAGAUGUUCCCAAGACAUACUUUCCGAAUCGCGAGUUCUCGUUCACGCUAAAAGAUGAUGUCUACCUCCGAUAUCAAUCAUUCGCUAGCCAAGAGGAGAUGGAAAAGGAAAUCCAAAAGCGUAAUCCCCACAAGAUUGACAUCGGCGCUGUGUUCAGUCAUAAACCAAAAGACCAUAAGAUGGUAAAAGCUGCAUCUUUUCAAGCUCUAGAAAAAGAACUAGUGUUUGAUAUUGACAUGACAGAUUAUGAUGAAAUCAGAACAUGUUGCAAGGGAGCAGAGAUAUGCUUGAAAUGCUGGAAAUUUAUGGUGAUUGCCAUCAAGGUCUUAGAUCUUGCUCUAAAAGAGGACUUUGGUUUUAAGCACCGCUUGUGGGUUUAUAGUGGUCGUCGUGGUGUCCAUUGUUGGGUGUGUGAUGAGACAGCGCGCAAACUGAGUCAGAGUGGGCGGUCUGCUGUGGCUGAGUACCUAACCAUCAUAAAAGGUGGUGAAAAUCAGGCCAAGAAGGUCAACAUCCGUGAACCAUACCAUCCCUUUAUUAAGCGCUCCCUCAGUCUGGUAAAGAAGUAUUUUAAUGAUAUUGUCUUGGAUGGUCAAGAAAUAUUGUCCUCCAAAGAAACCUGGGAUCCAUUACUUGCACUGUUACCAGAUGAAGAAUUGAGAAAAAGGCUAAACAAAUCCUGGUCAUCUUGUAAAAAGUCAUCAUCAGAGAGGUGGGAAGAACUGACUGGUGAGCUGGAAAACUCCAAGAAAAUGCAGUCAAUGGAGGUCAUUGAUGAGAUCAUGUUACAGUACACCUAUCCACGACUUGACGUAAAUGUCACUAAAGGCCUCAACCACUUGCUGAAGAGUCCAUUUUGCAUCCAUCCUAAGACAGGUCGUGUGUGCGUCCCCAUUGAGGUUGCUACCGCAGACUCGUUUGAUCCAUUUGCAGUGCCGACCAUAAGCCAGUUGUUGAAUCAAAUUGAUGAGUAUGAUAAAAAACACCCAAACGAUAACAGUGAUGAGGACAUGGCCGGCAAAAGGAAAAUCAGAGCAUUUCAAAAGACUUCUCUCAUGGCAGGAUUAAGUGUUUUUCAUAAAUUUCUUAAAUUAUUGGAUGAGGAAAACAACAAAAGAAGGAAGAUUAUAAAGGAUGAUGAGGAGAAAAAGUGCAGCUGGUAGACUCUUGACAUCCAAGUAGAAGCUUGAUAAAGGGUGGAGGGGCCUGCAAAUUACAAUUUUGGUUUUUCAAUGAAAAUAAGCGAUAAGUUGAUGCCUUAGUGCCGAUGAAUCGUUCAGGUUUCAUUCUAUGUUGAUAUUUAGCUUUGUAAACAUGUACAAUAAAAAAUGCUAUUGUGUACCUAUCUUUACGGCCAUUCUUCCCUAAUGUCAAAAAAAUGGUUUCAAGAUAGCAAAGAAAGAUAUGGUCCUUGUUAACUAUCACUUUUGAUUUCUGGUAGAUGUGGUUACUGAUAUCUCUGCAGCCUCUAUAAAGUAAAAUAAAGUCAGGUUACAGCACAAA